AUGAUCGAAUCCAAUCCUCUCAAUGUCUAUACCGGACCAAACUCCGUCAAAAACUACUUUGAUCCUGAUACCGCCCCCCCACUACCCCUUGUUGAGAUACCAGACAGUCUGAACCCUUACCGGAGGCAUGGCGUCCGUAUCUAUGCAAAGAUGAUGUCAAUGCAUCCCGCCAACAACGUCAAAGCUAUGCCCGCCCUCAACUUGCUCCAGAAAGGCGUCGUUCCAGGUAAGACCGAGACAAUUGUCGAGUACAGUUCUGGGUCAACUGUCAUCUCCAUGUCCCUAGCGGCUCGGGUCUACCAUGGAGUGCCAGAUGUCCGUGCUUUUCUCAGCAAUAAGACAAGUCAGGCAAAGCUACGGUUGAUGCAAUUUUUUGGAUUGGAUAUCACGUUGUUUGGUGGACCAUCUCAGCCUGAGCCGUUGGACAAAAGAGGCGGCAUCUACGCCGCAAAACAUAUAGGCAGCGAGAAAGGUUCCGCGAUUAACCCAAACCAGUACGAAAAUGAUGAUAAUUGGAAGUCUCAUGUCAGAUGGACUGGGCCUCAGAUCUUCAAGCAGUUGCCACAAAUCACACUGAUUUGUGCGGGCAUGGGAACUUCCGGGACCCUUACUGGCUUGGGGACUUACUUUAAGAACGCCAAGCCUUCUGUUUACAGGCUGGGUGUUUGCACCGCACCAGGCGAUCGUGUUCCUGGCCCCCGCUCGUAUGCGCUGCUCCAACCGGUCGAGUUUCCUUGGAGAUCUGCUGUUGAUCACGUGGAGCACGUGGGGUCCCAUGAAUCGUAUGCCCUUUCCCUGGAUCUAUGCAGACAGGGUCUCAUUGCGGGCCCCUCGUCCGGAUUCAACCUCCAAGGUCUUUAUCAAUUCUUGGACAAGCGUCUCGCAGCUGGAAGUCUGACUGAGCUUGCUGAUGAAUCUGGCGAGGCGCAUUGCGUCUUUGUAUGCUGCGAUUUGCCUUACCAAUACAUCGACGAGUACUUUGCGAAGCUGGGGCCUGAACACUUCCCCACUAUCCACAACGAGAACCUUCAAAAGGUUGAUCUCCAUCGUUAUGACGAAGCCUGGGAGAAGGAUCCGAUAGAGAUCUUCAUGCAAAUCCCUCAAGCAAGCAUCAUCGAUACCGAAGACGCUCAGUUGCCCAGCACGCCAAGAUAUAUCGACGCCAGCAGUGCCUCCCUUAUUCCUCGUCUUCCGAACGUAAUCAUAAUUGACCUGAGAAAAUCGGAAGACUUCCAAAUGAACCACGUUAGCGGCUCCGAAAACAUUUCUAUCGUGGAAUCAACCGAUUGGAAGCCCUUUUCAGACGCAACGGUUCUCGAGAAGUUAUGGCUGAAGCUGGAGGCCACGUUCGACCCAAAAACCGAGACAGGAAAGACCCUGGAAGCGCAUCGACAGAAGCCGAUUGUUGUGCUGUGUUAUGAUGGGGACAGCGCCCGGGUCGCCACUAGCGUGCUGCGUGCAAAGGGAUUUGGAGCAGACAGCAUUCGAGGGGGGAUGCGCGCGUUGAUGGAUUUCCAGCAUACUCCCGAGGCUUCCAUAGUCGCAUCCAAGAACUUGGCCGUGACCUCAAAUGUUGAAGAACUGCUGGUUAGAAAAGAACCUUAUCUGAGACUGGUGUGA